AGCAAAUAGUACCAUGGCCUCAAAUCCAUUCUUGCAAUCUAAUGGAGAAUAUUCUCAGAGAGGAAACAAUGGCUAUUACGCAGAUGAAAGGAAUAAUUCAGACAGAAUUGGUGACUUUUCAGAGAUGGAAGUUGUCCUGCGCGAUAUUCACAACAGCUGGGGAUUCAUGCUUGACGAAAAUUUCGAUCCCGUAACUUUGGCACUUGCAUUGAUGGAUGACAGCUCGGUCGGCAAGGGGAAGGACUACGGGGCAUUUCAAAGAAUUCUCGGAAACCUUGAUGCUGCACUAAAAACAAUUGUGGAUGAUUACUACCAAGGGUUUAAUAAUUCCAUCGGUACCUUUGGAGGCGUUUUGCAACACAUCAAUGACUCACAGAAUCGUGUCGCGCAGAUGAAAAUCAAUUUAAAAAAGUGCAAAGAGGAAUUGCUUGAGAAACGAACAGACUUGUUGAAUAUGUGGCACAAAAGCCAGCAAUACAAAGAGAUGAUCAAUCUUUUAGAGACAAUUGAAGAGACCCGUACCACACCAGAGAAAUUGGAGAGUUUGAUGAACAGCAAGCAUGUUUAUGCUGCUGCUAAUAUGCUUGUAGAGUCAUGGAAAACAGUUCUCUAUGAUCUCUUAAUUGAAGAGCUCCAUAACCAUUUGUAUUUAAAGAACUCUUACUGUGAUAAUCGUUGGGCUGAGUACGUACACGAUCAACAGAAAUUGCCAGAUAUUAAGAUUCUUCCAAGAAGUUUUGAUGACUUGGCAAUGCGUAAACGAUCUACGAUAGAUGGAAAUAUCAAGGAUGAGGAUAUGUUUGCUCUUGAUGAAAAUGAUGUGCUGGCAGAAGACCUUGAAAUCAAUCCAGAAACCGACUCGUAUUAUUACAUGGAGAUUAUUAUGGAAGCACUGGCAAUGUUAGGCCAAGUACCCCCUGCACUAGAGACUAUUCAAGAAAGACUUCCUCUCGAGAUAUAUGCCUUGGUAGAAAAAACAAUAGCGCAGGUAGAGGAAAGACACUCCGAACAAUCAAACACCUCUAGCGUCAGAAGAGACACUGCUUCAGAGGACAGUGAUAUGUACUUUCUUGAUAAAGCCAACACGGAAGCCAAAAAUGAAAUUUUGAAAGACUUGUUGUGGACUCUGUAUUCAAAAAUGGAAGCGGUACUUCGAGGCCAGCGGUUUUUGGAAACAUGCGCACGAAGAAUUAAAAAGAGAGCUAUCAGAAAAGGAGAAUUCAAUGGCUCUGAGGACGUCUUCAACAUAUACCACUUUCACGAGAUCUGGAAACCAGUUCAGAUUGAAAUUCGAUCUCUUCUUCAAGACUACCUCACCAGUCGGGAACGCACACCAGCUUCACUCCAACACUCUGCCCUUACACCCGACAACGCAUCUGGAAAGAGCGGAUUUUCUAGCACACGCGAGAAAAACAAACUACUCUUCAAAUUUACAGAAUCUCCUGAAGAUCAAGAUCUUGAACAAGCAUAUCAAAGAGUUCGAACCAACCUUUAUAGCUCUUUUAAGAAGCAGAUUAGCGGGUUUUCAUUUUCUGACACUGAUAGAUCCGAAAGCUUUCCUCAUUCAAGUGUCAUUGAUAAAUAUGCCAGUGAUAUGGCCUCUAAAGGCCACAAGGUGCUGGUAAAACCAGAUGCAUACAAUGUGAGUGUAUUGUUGAAACCUACCAUGGCUUUUCUUCAAAGAUUGCACCAAGUGUUUCCGAACUAUGAUGACCAGGGCUCAGAAGGGUUUGGUAGCUUCUUGGAUGAUUUUGCUAUUAAUGUCUUCCUGCCUCAAAUUGAAGAGAAGGUUAUGCAGCUUAUUCAUCAUGCUACAGUGGGCAUGGAUGCAUUCCAAGACGAUCGUAACUACAAGAAUUACUCAAAACUUCCUAUUGUAAAGAGUGCUGUAGCAUUGAUUUCAGUUAUUCAAAGUCUGUGUCGAACAAUGCACAGCAUGCCAUUCCACACAGAAGAAUACAUACGAAUGAUUGAGGUGGUUCUUCUCAAGUACUAUGAGAAGUGCUACCAGCGAUUUUACUCUAUGGUCGUGAGAGGAAGUACACAUGGUAGCAAAGAAGUUAAUGUUACUGAGAUGAACAUUAGCACCAGUGGUGAUUGGGCACAGGAUGAAAGUCUUGUUGGACUUCUUACUCAGAAUCCCUUUUUUAAUGAAGAUAGUAAAAUCGAUGCUGAAUUUAUCAGGGCUCUUGGUCAAGCAGAAAUUACAAUGGAGUUGAAGUUGAAGGAUGGAAGACAACUGGAGGCGGAUGAAUUGAUUUUUGAUUCUAAGAGAUUAAUAGCCCUCGGAAGACUUUAUCACAGUCUGAAAUGGUUUGUACGUGAAAUUUGGGAAUUACGUACUCCACGUCAAACUACAAAAGUGUCCAUUGUUGACCCAGUGUCGGAUAAGGAUCCAAAUGAAGAGGAUCUUUCUGAAGAGCCUGAAUCUUCGCAGGGAGCUAAUUCGAGGCGUUGGUCUCAAUCGGACGCAAAAGAGCCAGAAAAUGAAGAUCCUAACCCUGUCAUGUUAUCAUUACGUGGAGAGACUGCUGUGCGCUUUGAUACGUUACUCACAACAUAUCAGCAGCUGGCUGAAACUUGCUUGUUUACCUUGAGACUAGAAGCUAGAUGUCAUACCAUGUAUUAUCUGGAGAUGGUUAUUCGCGAGGGCAAUUAUUAUUUGGAAGAUGAGACUUAUGAGCCUGAUCCGUAUGUCAUUACACUCAACUCUGACCUUAUGGAAGUUGAUGAUUGUAUUAAUGCCUCCUUGCCUGCAAAAGACGAAAUGUUUGCUUUUGAUGGACUACCCGCUCUCAUUGUUCAUCUUUUGAUUUCUGAGGCAACUUAUAUCAAGAGAAUGAACAAGAAUGGUGUUCAGAAGAUGGCUCGUAAUAUUCUUGCUUUACAACAGAACCUUAGUAACUUUGUACCAUCUUCACAAAGCUCUACACUCGACCGUGCCUGUGAUUAUUACCAGCUGUAUAAUUUAGGAAGUGAAGGACUUAUACGUAGUAUCCGCGAAAAUGGUCCUGCUUUCACUUUUGAUGAAUAUCUUGUUAUACUUGGCUUGAUUCAUGAUGUGAAUAAGGGAGCAGAUAGUGAGGCAAAGAGCGCUACUCCAGAGACACCUACUGGAUCACCUGAUCAAAGAUCGAGCGCAAAUUACAGCGAAUGGCUCAUGAAGCUAGAUGAAGUUAUGGCAGACUAUGAAUAAGCCAUUUGCAUAAAAAAAAGUUCUUUAAUCUACUCUAUUCUUAUUCUUAUUAUUAUUGUUAUUAUUGUUAUUUCUUGAGAAGAAUACAUUUAUAUACCACUUUAAAACAAAACAUAAAGUUUACUAUCAGAUC